UAACUGAACCUGCGUGUUUCACCGUAGAGAUGCCACAACAAACAGCUCGCAUUCCACCUUUAUGACGACCUAAAAUAGAUGCGGUAAGAAAUCAGCUUUUUAUUUAAAAAAAUAAGAGCAGAGAUCCCCGGGCAGCUGGACCCCGAUCCCUGACUUGAUAAAGACAAGACAUGAGACAGCAACAUGAGGAAGCUGCUUCAGAUGACAUGCUGAGUGGACAUGGAUCACACAGCGCUGAUUGUGCUACUGUGUCUCUGGAGCUCAGGGCUCUGGGCUCAGGACACCAACAGUCCAACAGUAUUGCCUGAUGAUGUCAGUUUGGUGGGAGGAGCCAGCCGCUGCGCUGGUAAACUGAGGAUAAAACGCCAAGGACACUGGAGACCAGGGGGUAACCAGUACGAAGAACUGGCAUCAGCAGCUGUGGUGUGCAGACAGCUCGACUGCGGCUCUGUUGUUUCACUACAAAGAACAAAGAAUUUCUCUAUUAAUUCCAUAAAUCACCUCGUAGCACGCUCUCCCUGUUAUCUCCCUUCCGACUGUGACUCUUCCAGCCCCUUCAGCAUAGCGCCUGCUGAAUUUCCCAUUUCCGACCUACAGAUCAAAUGUUCAGAGUCCGUCAGGCUGGUUGAUGGGACUAGUCUGUGUUCAGGCAGACUGGAGGUGAGGUCUAACCAGUCGUGGUCAUCAGUGUGUGAGGAUGACUUUGACCGGCAGGAUGCGGCGGUGGUCUGCAGGGAGCUUGGCUGUGGGGCUCCUUCGGUCUUCCAGGGGGCGCUCUAUGGAGAAGCGGAGGCUCCAGUGUGGAUCAAAGACUUCCGGUGUGCAGGCAGCGAAUCUCUUCUCCUGGACUGCGACAGCUCAAGGCCUGCUAGAAAAACCUGCCCAUCUGGCAAAGCAGUUGGACUCACCUGCUCAGACCCCGAUGAUGUCCGGCUGGUGGAAGGAGCUAGCCAUUGUGGUAGACUAGAGCUGAAACACCAGGGAGUCUGGAGAGCCGUGAAUGACCUAGACUUAGGCUGGAACCUGGAGGUAACAAAUAUAAUAUGUCGAAGGCUGGACUGUGGCUCUGCUGUCUCAGUACGAAAGAUUGAGGCUUCUUCAGUAGAAUCGGUUUGGUGGAUCAACUCUUCCUGCAUUCAGUCUAACAACAAACUGAGGGAAUGUGUGAAAGCAAAGGACAGCUGGAGCUUUUACAGCCUAAAACUCAUCUGCUCAGAGUCCGUCAAGCUGGUUGAUGGGACUAGUCUGUGUUCAGGCAGACUGGAGGUGAGGUCUAACCAGUCGUGGUCAUCAGUGUGCGAGGAUGACUUUGACCGGCAGGAUGCGGCGGUGGUCUGCAGGGAGCUUGGCUGUGGGGCUCCUUCGGUCUUCCAGGGGGCGCUCUAUGGAGAAGCAGAGGCUCCAGUGUGGAUCAAAGACUUCCGGUGUGCAGGCAGCGAGUCUCUUCUCCUGGACUGCGACAGCUCAAGGCCUGCUAGAAAAACCUGCCCAUCUGGCAAAGCAGUUGGACUCACCUGCUCAAAUCCACACAGAGUCAUGUUGGUGGGGGAGGCAAGCCGCUGCGCUGGUAAACUGAAGAUGAAAAACCAGGGAGAGUGGAGGCCAGUGGCUGUCUGGGAUUCUGAAUGGGACCACGUGUCUGCAGCUUCAGUGUGUAGACAGCUGGAUUGCGGUUCUGCUGUUUCAACAAAUAUAACAGAUCAUUCUUUAGACAGACCUGUGUGGUGGAUCACGACUUCCUGUGUCCGGUCAGCAUCUGCACUCUGGGACUGUCUGAUUCUGACUAAUGUUGACAAAACCUAUUCUGGCCUUGAAGUGAUAUGCUCGGACUUGCUGGCUCAGCCAAACAUCUCCCUCUCCCCCCACAAUGAUAGAGUCUCCAAGGCCAAGCACUUGGGGUUUCAGGUGCUCAUGGGCUCCAACUUCACCAUCACAUGCUCCACUGAGCCACAGUACCAAGGAGGUUCCUUCCAGCUCAUCUUCACCACCUCCGGCAGAGCACAGAACUACACCAUGCCGGCUGACAACCACUCUGCCCAUUUCCUGUUCUCGGCUGUGGACCGCGCCAACCACGGGGUCUACAGAUGUGUUUAUCACGUCUAUGUUUUCUCUCAUAACUUCUCCCAAGAGAGCCAGCAACUCUACGUCACUGUCUUAGCCUCUCUGACAGAUUUAAUCAUCAGACUUGUUGUCCUCCUGCUGGGUAUGAUGUUGCUUCUCACAACCCUCUGCCUCAACUCUAAGGCCAGUACAGGCUGGAAUCUGGGCUGAGGGAAGAAUCCUGAGCUCAGUGAUUACGGUCUUGGUGGUGAAGAAGCUGGAUCCCCACAACCGCACCCCACUGCCGGAUGAGGUCGGAGGUGAAACGGGCUUGAAACUUCUCAGACUGGUGUUAGGUAAUUCUCCAGAGUGUCUUUGGCAGAUUGGAUAUCAAUCAAGUGUAAAUGGACUAAAAUGAAAUUAUUAAAACCACCCUGGGAAGUGGUUUCAGACGCAUUUUUUAUUUCAAUGCUUCAGCCUCUCCAAGAUGCAAUUUUUAAAAAUAUUUUCUUUUUCAAGGAUAAAUUUCUGUU